AUGAGCACACCAGAAGAGCUUGAAAAAAAAGCCAAAAGUUGCUCCAGAAAGUUCUUUUUUGGUCUAUUUGGAAACACACAAGAGGAAGCCCAGGAGCUGUACACGCAGGCAGCAAAUAAAUAUAAGCAGUUACACAAAUGGCAGGACGCCUCAAGAUGCUUUCAAGAAUCAGUUAAGUUAUCAGAAAAGAACAAAGAUUAUAUGUUCACAGCAAUGAACCUGGUUGAACUCUCUAACUGCAUAAAGAAAAUUAAUCCAAACUCAAACGACUUCGUGGAUCCCCUCAUCAGAGCCACGCAGGUGUACAACAUCCAGGGGAAGUUCGCACAGUCGGGAAGAGUGUUUAAGAAUGUAGCGGAGACGAUGGAAGAAAGGCUCGACUACGAGGGAGCCAUGGUGUACUACAAAAAAUCGGCAGAAACCUACGACCUGGACGAGUACGGGAAGGUAGCAGGCUCCCAGUGCCUGCUUAAGUACGCAGACUUGGCGUCAACCUUGACAGACAAGUACGACGAGGCAAUAGAGAUUUACGAAGCACAAGCACGGAAAAACGUCAAGAACGACUUGCUCAAGUACGGCGUCAAGGAUCUGCUCUUCAAAGCCGGCGUUCUUAGGAUACUAAACUCCGAUCCGACUGACGCCAAGAUAGCGCUCGAAAAGUACGACAUCUGGGACGAGACUUUCAAGGACACCAGGGAAGGGCGCUUCCUAAAGGGCCUGAUCGACUCCUCAGAGAGCAACGAUAUGGGAGAAUUUCAAGAAAAAAUGAAGGACUUUGACUCGUUUGCACGAUUGGAUAACUGGAAGAUAAAGGUGUUAUACAAGCUCAAGAAUAAAAUGGAGGGUGGAAUCACAGCAAAUGAAUCAGAACAUAUAGACCUCACGUGA